AUGACUACCUUGUCGACUCUCGUGGUAAGCACGUACUUGGAUCACAGCCCAGAGCCUGACUUCACCACCGUCGUCAUGUCAUUUGGAGGGUCUGCCAUGCCCGGCAACAUCCCCGGCAACAUGUCCGGCAACAUGCCCGGCAACAUGUCCGACUGUGACUCCUCAUCGCCCUCUGUCGGCCCGGGCUCUGUGUGCGUGGAGAGGAAGGGCUUCAUUGACGCACACGAGGCCUUCACCUUCAAGCUCGUGGUCGAGUUUAUCCUGCAGGUCAUCAUCCUGAGUUUCGGCAUCAGCUCUAACGUCGUCAACUUGGUCGUCUUCGCGAGGAUGAGGCUGGAGGACAGCGUCACCAUCGUCUUCUUCGCUCUGUCCAUCUCCGAUCUGGGAUUCCUCACCUUUUUUCUGUUGAUGCGAAUGUUCAGCAUAAUGUCUCAAGCGUUUCGGCUAGGCCCGACAGUCUCGAUGGAAACCAUUGCCUACCUUCUCGUCUGGUACUCCUAUAUGUUUCUAGACAUUUCCAUAAUCACCACAGUGUUCACAGCCGUGGAAAAAUGUUGCUGCGUCGCUAUUCCUUUGAUGUUCAAGAACGUUUUCACUCGUUCCAGAACCCUGAUCAUCUUGGUGUGCAUUUACGUCAUGAUGUUUGUGUAUUAUAUCCCGACCUUCACGAGUCACGGGCUAAAGAUGACCUUUGACCCCGCCAGAAACCGGAGCAAGUACGUGUACUCCUAUGUGGCUCACCGUCUGAUAGUCUUUAACAUUUUCAGAAUGUUCAACCGAGUGGUUCUUCCUUUUGUGGCACAGGUCAUUGUGCUUUUCUGUAUGGUCGUGAUGACGGUCAAACUGCAACAGGCGACGAGAAAGCGCAAGGAAAUGACGUCAGAGAGAGAUGCUGACGUCACAGAGAGGUCAACUAACAGCAGAAAAGUCAACAAGAGCAAAAGCUCAGCAGACGCCAACAAACUCGGUGGGAAGGAGAUGCGUGUGGUUCAGGCAGUCAAUCUUGUGGCGGCCAUCUUUGUUGCGUGCAACCUGCCGGAAAUCGUCAUGACUUUUUGCAACUAUUUCUUCCCCGAGUUUAACGACUUCCGCCAGUACAAAUACCUGAACAGAGUUUGUUCCUCACUGCAGGAGCUCAUGGUUGUUGGCAAUGCAGCUGUGAACAUUUUUGUCUACUUCAACUACAACUCCAAGUACAGAGUAGAAUUCCUUCUCACUUUUAGGCAGUUCUUUUGUCAGCGCAGGACAAGAGAAUGA